AUGCUAGACAAAUUUACACCACAACAAAAGACAAAUCAGGUUGUAGACCGAGUAAAAAGAUACGAUUACACAGACUAUCUUUAUGUCGAUCUCGGACAAGGACAUAUCCAAGAUGAAAUUUAUGACGUCAUUGGAAUAGAAGUACCUGGUCCUCCUGGGAAACAGGGUGUUGAAGGAAAGAGAGGAUAUCCUGGCCGAGCUGGAUCUCCAGGAUCAAAAGGAGUCAAAGGAGACCCUGGAAAAACAGGACGUGCUGGACCCCGAGGGUUCAGGGGGUUUCUAGGGGCAUAUGGUCAGAUGGGAGAUUCUGGCAAAACUGGUAAGACUGGAAGAAAAGGACCCGCUGGACCCUCUGGACCAACCGGACCUUUAGGACACUCUGGUCCCCCCGGAAUGGAUGGAACACAGGGACCACCCGGUUAUGAUGGUGUCCAGGGAGAACAGGGAGAAAGAGGACCUGCUGGAGAAACCGGAUCCGCUGGAGCAACUGGACCUUCUGGACCGUCUGGUCCGACUGGACCUCGUGGACCAAAAGGACAUAAGGGAUUGAGAGGACACACGGGAACAAAGGGAUAUGCUGGUCGAACAGGAGAUCGUGGAAACAGUGGACGUCGUGGAGAAUCUGGACAUUCAGGGCCACCUGGACCCACUGGUCCUAAGGGCGAUACUGGUCUGACAGGAUGUAGUGAACCACCUGCUGAAACAACAUUGUCUGAACAACCUGCUGCUACACCACUUUCAGUACCAAUAACAGCUACUACACCAUCAAAACCACCAUCUGCUACAACACCAACAGGACCAACGUCUGCUACUACACCAUCAAAACCACCAUCUGCUACAACACCAACAGUACCAACCGCUGCUACAACACCAUCAGUACCACAAACUACUACUACACCAUCAGUACCAACGGCUGCUACAACACCAUCAGUACCACCAUCUACUACUACACCAUCAGUACCAACGGCUGCUACUACACCAACAGUACCACCAUCUGCUACUACAACAUCAGUACCACCAUCUACUUCUACAACAACAGGACCAACGUCUGCUACUACACCAACAGGACCACCAUCUACUACAACACCAUCAGUACCACCAUCUACGACUACAACAUCAGACCAACUACCACCAUCUACUACUACACAAACAGGACCAACGGCUGCUACUACACCAUCAGUACCACCAUCCACUACUACAACAUCAGUACCACCAUCCACUACUACAACAUCAGUACCACCAUCUACUACUACACCAUCAGUACCACCAUCUACUACUACACCAUCAGUACCACCAUCUACUACUACACAAACAGGACCAACGCCUGCUACUACAACAUCAGUACCACCAUCUACUACUACACCAUCAGUACCAACAUCUACUACUACACCAUCAGUACCACCAUCUGCUACUACACCAUCAGUACCACCAUCUACUACUACAACAUCAGUACCACCAUCUGCUACUACACCAUCAGUACCAACAUCUACUACUACACCAUCAGUACCACCAUCUGCUACUACACCAUCAGUACCACCAUCUACUACAACACCAACAGUACCUCCAUCUACUACU